AUGGCGUCACUGCUUCAAGAGGAGGAACGUUGGUGUAGAUCUGCGGUGAUGCUGUUGUUAGAUCUGGCUGAGAUGGUGCAUAUCUACGUGGUGGUUGUGCGCAUCUCUGAAUUUGUGGUGUGGUGUAUGGGUGGUCGCAAUGGUGGUGGUAAUGGCAUGGGAAUCAUUGGAGAUGGUGUUGCCCAAAAGAUAGUUCGUAUCUAUUGGGCUUCAAAGGAAGCACGCCCUAGCUUGCAACUACGAGCAACGGAUCUUUCAUGUAGUGGUAGUGGUAGUGGUGUGAUGAUGCCAGUGGUUGUGAAGAUUUUUGGUCUCCUGCGUAAGCAACACUGGUACAAGCCUAGAUGCCAGACAUAUGCAAAGUUAUUAGUAAUGCUUGGCAAGUGCAGGCAGCCUAAUCAAGCUAGCUUGCUUUUGGAAGUCAUGCGAUCUGAUGGCCUCCAACCAACAAUUGAUGUUUACACUGCACUUGUUAGUGCAUAUGGCCUUAGUGGCCUCCUUGACGAGGCAUUUCGGACUGUUAAUUAUAUGAAGAUCAUCCCUGAUUGUAAACCAGAUGUGUUUACUUAUUCAAUCCUUAUCAAAUGCUGCAUUAAACUUGGCCGCUUUAAUAUGGUGCAACAAAUUCUAGAUGAGAUGUUGGACUUGGGAAUCGAAUGUAACACCGUUACAUACAAUACCCUGAUUGAUGGAUAUGGUAAAGCUGAAUUUUUUGAAUUGAUGGAAAGCUCACUGACGGACAUGCUUGAAAGUGGUACGUGUCAUCCAGAUGUUUUCACAUUUAAUUCUAUGGUUGGGGCUUAUGGUAGAUCUGGAAGGAUUAAGCAAAUGGAGAAGUGGUUUGAAGAGUUUCAGCUUAUGGGGUUAAAGCCAGACAUAAUGACGUGUAAUAUACUAGUUAAGUCAUAUGGAAAAGCUGGUAUGUACAAGAAAAUGGGCUCUGUUUUGGAUUUUAUGAAGAGGAGAUUCUAUUGCCCAACGGUUGUUACAUAUAAUAUAAUUAUUGAGACAUUUGGAAAGGCUGGGGAUAUUGAGAAAAUGGACGAGAUUUUCCUGAAAAUGAAGCAUCAAGGUCUGAAGCCCAAUUCAAUUACUUACUGCUCUCUUGUCAAUACAUAUAGUAAAGCAGGGCUUUUGAGCAAAGUUGAUUCAAUUGUGAGGCAAGUAGAGAAUUCCAAUGUAGUUCUGGAUACGCCCUUUUUUAACUGUGUCAUCAGUGCCUAUGGACAUGCCGGUGAUGUGGAUAAAAUGGUGGACAUGUUCAUGGCAAUGAAGGACUACAAAUGUAAACCAGACGAUAUCACCUUUGCUACCAUGAUUGAAGCCUGUCUGGCGCAAGGAAUGAUUGAAGCUGCUCAAGAUUUGGAGAGUGAGAUGAUUAAGGCCAAUAAGAAAUGAAGUUUCUUGGAUGCUAGUGUGACCGACCGGAAGUGGGAGAUACCAUCAAUAAGGAAGAUUCUACUUUACCAGCAUUGAAAGACCGAGCUUUUCUUGUUGUGUGACAACUAUUAGACGUUGAUUGGCGAUUUUGGGCCUUUUGAUGUCUCCAGCUUGGAUGGGGCUGGUUGGGUCCAUGAAUGCUUUUGGACCUUACUUUGUUUCCAUGAGGUAAUGCAACAUAGGCUACAUAUAAAUUUAAGAACUAUUUGUGCUUUUGACCAUUUAUUAUUAUGCUGCUGUCUUCGGUUUGUGAGUGAUGAUAAUUUGGCGGAUUGUCCCUGGUUGAUAUGUUAUUGCGUUGAUUGAGCAAUUGUUUGGUUUUGCCUUUCGUUCCUGGUUAUUCAGCUGUUGUUUUGUCAUCAAAAUAAUUCUGCCUCUUGCUCUCAUGUUAGUGCUAGAUCGGAAGAAAAUCCUAUUAAUUUUUCAUCAAGUUUAUUUGCAUCAUAUUUGUCAUCUUACUUUGUGGCCUGGGUUCUUGUUUCAACAGUAUUCUCUUCAUCUUGGGUGGAUUGCUGGUAAGUCCCAUGGAUUUUGGGGUUCUACUGUUAACGUGGUCAAUCCUCGACAAGUUUAGUAGUGAAAAACUGCUCGAUGAUCUUGUUUUGACAAUGUUCUUUUUGUUAGUGGGAUAUGCCCCUCAAGUCUUGGUAAUGGUCGUGUUAAAUUGGUGGAUAGUAAUUUUCCUCCACACCGGAUUUUAUUUCUUUGGUUGGUGUAAACGGCAUGCAUGUAAAUGCAAUAUUGAAGUACCAUUUGAGCCUUGGAAAGAACAACUUGCUCAGAUCAAUUUAAUUUUCAAACUCUAUUUGGCUUCUACAAAACUAUAUUGGGUUAGAGGUGGGAUGUUGAUGAUACGAAAAAAUUAUUAAGAUUAUUUUUCGUGAUAUUUUUCUGAUGAUUGUGUGAUUGAGACAACAUCUUUCCUUUUGAUGAUAAGGAUUAUUUACAUCAAAUAUAAAAGAAUGUUCAUUAUCCCAUUUAUGUAUGUAUGGUGUAGACUAAACUUGUUCUCUACCCCCUCCACCUCUAGAAAGAGAGAUUAUUUUCUGAAGAGAAUAAAAAAUAAUUCUGUGAUAAUUUAGUUAAAACACAAGUAAGUGGAAAUUGGACAAAGAGCCCAGAUAUAUGUACACCUUGAGAUUUACACUCCUGUGUGUCGACAAAUUUGGAUACAUUGAUUUUAAAAAUACUUUAGCAUUAAAGGUAAUAUUUUUGACUCAUAGGAAGUGUCAACCAAAGUGUACACAUUUGGAUGUACAAGUAGUCUUAUUCUUGGAUUUGUCUUAGAAUUGAAUGAUGAAAAGUGCCCGGAUUGGAAAGAUUGAACUGUGAUGAAUUUGAAGUUUUGCAACAGUACUGUCUGUUUUUAGGGCUGUUUGGAUGAACGAACAAGAUAAGAGUAUUCUUCAAUGAAGAUGCUUCGAGGCGAACUUGCCUUGUAAAAUGUCACCAUGCGCGAGUGAGAAAAAAGAUGCUGUUUGGAAGGAACGGCUUGACGAUAUGCCUAAAUAUCUACUUCAAUUUGCAGGGUCUCUAUGUACCGGAGCUCCAUGGUCUUGAAGCAUGCGAUUUUCCUUCAAAUGUGUUGCAACGCGAACUGGUAAGCUUGGAAGAUGAGAUCACUUUUGUAGAGUACUAAAUUUCGUUGUAAAACAUAAUUGAAACCUUAAAAUGCACCUGUGAAUUAUUCAUUUAUCAGAAUCAUUGUUGAUCAUAAACACCUUGAUUUAUUAUCUGAUUGAAGAUCUGAACAGGAUUAGUUAGUGUGUUCACCAUUGGUUUAAUAAAUGAGAAAUUCUGUUAUUAUCAUA